AUGGAUCCUCUUUCAAACAUUAAACCUUAUGGAGCAGCCAUGAUUGGAGAUUGGAAAAGCAUGAUUGACCACUAUCACUUGCACUUUUCAGAUUUGCUAAAUCCAGUUACAUCCUCUCAGGAUACUGCACUUCAUAUAGCAGUGUGCAGCCAAAAAGAGCAACCACUUAAAGCUUUACUUGCUUUGUUACCCUCUGAGGACGACGGUACUGAAGAAUUAGAAAAUACUUUUUUCGAGAAUAUUUCGCAACCAAAUCCCUUGAAGCGUGAAAACAAAUAUGGAAAUACGGUUCUUCACGAGGCAACCAUCUACGGAAAUUUUGAGGCAGUAAAACUAUUGGUGGAACGUUAUCCAGACCUAGUUACCAUUGCAAAUGUAUAUGGUGAAACCCCAUUGUUUACAGCUGCUGAAUUUGCUGAUCCAGAAAUAGUGAAGUUCUUGCUUGUGUCUCUAUCAAAAGAAAUAGUGGAAGAACAUGGCCGCCUAAAAUCAAUUCACCGCCAGCGACCUUCAUUUGAUAAUCUCUCCAUCCUUAGCGCUGCUAUCUUAGGGCAACACUAUGAAACAGCUGUGAUGUUGCUAGAACUGGAUGAAUCGCUCCACAAAUUGGAGGACAAUAAGGGCGCAACUGCUCUUCAAAUUCUAGCCAACUCCCCAUCUGCUUUUAAGAGUGGAUAUCCAAUAAAUAUAUAUGAAACACUCCUCUACUGUUGUACGCCUUCCUAUUACAGGUCCCCACAAGGUAAAAUUGCAGGAAGAAACUUCGGGGCAGGCAAGGCAGGGGUUGGGAGAUCUGGGGAGCGGUCCGGGGAGGAAAGUCCUUAUUAA